AUGCAUGGCAUGACCACACGACAAAUUAUACGGAGUACUGAAUACGGCCGGCUGCUCUUGCCGUUUGCCGGUUAUGCGCUCCUGCCUCGUGUGUCUUGGGCGGCGACCUCCGACCGUGCCUUCCCCAUACAUUCCUCCCCGGCAGGCUGCCCACGCGAGGCUGUCAGAACAGGCAGGAGCCACUGGGAGAAUUUCCUCUGCUUGUUCCGUCGGCGUACUACUUACGACUUCUUACGACUUCGAGCUGGCCAGCCUGGCUCGCUUUCUAGCAGCCAGAUUGGCCCCUCUUGGGCGGCGACUUGGCGAUGGCCCAUGCUCUGCUGCUGCUCUGCUGCUCUGCAGGCCGAUCUCCUCGUCUGCGGCCCGGCGAAUCAGCGGGCUGGCCGCGCGACGGUGCCGUGCUCGGCUCCCCCGCAUGCCAAUUUAGCGUCCAAGCAGCGACACGACGCUGUGCGACCCUGCACCACUGACAGUGACAGUGGGCGACAUGGAGGAGCGUUAACUUUGCUCAACCACCUUGCCUCGCGAGGAUUGGCACGUCUGGCCCUGAGUCUCAGAGGCCUGCGUCCGCCCGGCUCGCACCGGCAACCCCCAACUGCGCUCGCUUUUCUUCUUUUUUCCCCCAUCCCUCUAAAGUCCUCACUAUCGCUUCCUCGAGCCUGCCUCGCUCAUCCUGCCGGAUGCUGGGCCAUAUCGAUGUUGUCCAUGCAGAACCAGCCCGCCUCGGUGCCCACGCCGCCAUCCGCGCUGGACUCUGGUAGCCAUGGGCUCGGUCCGUUUCGUCUGAACUCGCCGGCUUUCAACUCCAUCGCCGUUGAAUCGCCCUCGUCCUCCGACGACAGCCAGUCUCACGUUGCCAGUGUCACCACAGACGAUGCCCCCGAGGACCUGCCGCUCUGGUCCCAGGAACCGCAGUCCCGGUCAACCAUCUCUCUCACGACCACCAAAGUUGCCGACAGAAUGCGACGGCAAUCCGAACCCACCGCCGCCUCUUCCGCAAGCGCGACAUUCAGCUUUACCCUGGUCACCGCCAACGAUUCGGCUGACCCGGCAUCCCCAGAGACAGUGAUCCCCAAGAUUGAGGAGAUCGAGGAGGAGGCGGGGGGGUUAGUGCCGUCCAAGGCGGUGGAAGAGGAGAACCCCGCGACAACGACCACGACGACCGCGGCGGGAAUUCCCGUCAACCUUCCUCGGAAACGAGGACGACCACGAAAACACCCGCUGCCAGCUCCGGAAGGCCAGGUCAAGGUGGCCAAGGGUCGCUCCAAGACCGGGUGCAUCACCUGUCGACGGAGGAAGAAGAAAUGCGACGAGACCAAGCCCUCCUGUCUGAAUUGCCAGAAGAAUGCUGUCGUCUGCGAAGGAUAUCCGCCCAAGGAGAUCUGGAAGAGCGGCAAGCAGAAGAUGGAAGAUGCGGCCCGGAGAAACUCGUUGACGGCUCUACCCCGGGGGCUCCCAUUCCUGAUCGAUGGGAUCGAAACCGACAUCGAUCGCCGGUUCCUCGACCAUUUCGUCUACGACUUCAGUCGCGUCUUGACGCUGAUCAACGACGACUCCAAUCCGUUCAAGGAGAUCCUUCUUCCGAUGGCGACCCAGCACCGCGGCCUGAUGCACUCGCUGAUGUGCCUGUCGGGGUCUCAUCUGUCUGCCCGCGACCCGGAACCCCGGCUCAAAGAACGAAAGCACUAUCAUUUCGAUCGUGCGAUCACCGAUCUGCGAGAGAGCAUCAACGCUGCAUCGGCCAAGAUGGAGAGUUCCGAAGAGCAGCUGCUGAUUGACGAUCCGAUCAUCGCGUCGACGCUAGCUCUGUGCCUCAACACGAUCUGUGAGGGAGAGACCAGCGGGGAAUAUCGGUCCCACAUGGAUGCCGCUCGGUACCUCCUCGUCACGCAACGGCCGCGGAAUGAGAAAUUCCGCCAGUUCAUUAUCGAAUUCUUCCAGUAUCACGAUGUGUCCAACUCGAUCACCUCGCUCGAUCGCCGGCCUCUCGACCUGACCGGGGACCUGCGCCUGCCGGACUUUGUGCCCCACGCGCAAGCCGGGGCCUUGCUGGGGAUCUUUGACGGCCUUUUCAGCUAUAUCUCGGGCAUCACGAAAUUGCGGGAUCGGAUCCGACAGCGCUACAAUGAAGGCUAUGAGCCGGCCGUCGAUUACCAGACCUUGAGCGAGGCGGUCGCGAUCGACUCGGCCCUGCGAGCCUGGAAGCCGUCCUAUCCGCCCGAGACCCCCAAUUGGUUCGCGGCUCAACUUUACCGGCAGUCGACGUGGGUGUAUCUGUAUCGGACCAUUCGGCCAUCCCGGCCCAGCGAGAAGAUUGCUCAGGUGGUGGAUGAUGCGCUGAAGUAUCUGGACAUGCUGCCACUCGACGCGGGAGCCUACAGCGUCAUGCUGAUGCCUCUGUUCCUGCUGGGGUGCUCCGCCUUUGAGCUUCGCCAGCGGGAACGGAUCAGGAAAGGAUUCGACGAUCUCCAGGCAUACUCCAAUCUGCGCAACAUCGAGCCGGCCCUGAGAGUGGUGGAGCGGGUCUGGGAGGUGAUGGAUACGAAGAUGGAAGACAGCUGGGACUGGGAGAAGAUCAUCAGCGACAUGAACAUGGACUUCCUGAUCACGUGA